AUGGAUUUCAACUUUGCAAAAUUUUACCAUCAGCAAAAACUAUCGAACACCGAGGCCUCAGAUGAAGAUAUUGCCAAAUUAUACAUCUUACACCAAGCAAUGGAAAAAGAGAGCUUAAGUCCCGCUAAAGUGGCACCAAAACAUCAUCCUAAAUACGAAGAUAUGAUUCGAGCCGCUCUUGUCGCUUUGAAAGAACGUAAAGGAAGCAGCCGUCAAGCUAUUAAGAAAUACAUUUUGAAAACAUACAAACUUCCCGACAACUCAACUACAAAUAAUCGUUUCCGAUUGGCUAUCAAUAAAGGUGUCGAAAAAGGAAGUUUCUAUUUUCCCAAUGGCCCAAGUGGCACUGUCAAAAUUGUAAAGAAAAUACAGAUUAAGGAAGAAAAGGGAGAACCCGAGAAAAUAAAAAGCCCCAGCUCUUUUCAAAAUGGCCGAAGUGACACCAUUAAAAUUGCAAAGAAAGUGCAUAUUAAGAAAGAGAGGGAAGAACCCGAAAAAACGGAAACGCCCAGCUCUUUUCAAAAUGGCCGAAGUGACACCAUUAAAAUUGCAAAGAAAGUGCAUAUUAAUAUAGAGAAGGAAGAACCCGAAAAAACGGAAACGCCCAGCUCUUUUCAAAAUGGCCGAAGUGACACCAUUAAAAUUGCAAAGAAAGUGCAUAUUAAGAAAGAGAAGGAAGAACCCGAAAAAACGGAAACGCCCAGCUCUCUUUACAACG